AUGGUUCAAGAUCGCAAGGCACGAUGGUACACCGCACUAAGAUCAAUGAAGCAGAAACAGUGGUCUCAACUAUCCGUGAUUCUUGUGAUACUGUGCGUCUGUAUAACCACCAUCGGCCCAGUAGCGUGCAGUAAUGGGACGGAGGCAAAGCUCACUGCCAUUCCCAUCCCCAGGCACAUUGCACGGUCGACAACACGCGAAUUGAUGGCCAAAAUUGUCAACGGGCAAACCGCACAGACGGGCCAGUUUCCUUGGCAAGUGUCAAUACGAGCCGCACUAGGUCGUUCGGUAACGGUCUGUGGCGGUUCCCUGAUUGACGCCCAGUGGAUUCUGACAGCAGCCCACUGUGCCAACGACUAUACAGUCUUUCAGAUAGGGCUGGGAUCCAUCCAUUUGAACAUGGCGCGCCUAACAAUGUCCACCGUCAGCAAGUUCGUGCAUCCCGAGUACGAUCCGUGGAAGCUCACGAACGAUAUAGCCCUCAUCCGGUUGCCAUCAUUCGUGCCUUUCAGUUUAGAGAUCUAUCCGAUCAAGCUACCGAUACGUUUAUCACCCACAGAUCUGUUCGUUGGCCGCCAGGUUACGGUAUCCGGAUUUGGGCGAACAUCUGAUGCUGUCCAAUCGAUAUCGACGAUACUAAAGUAUGAGCGUAUGCGCAUCAUUUCGAAUGCGGAGUGUACGACCGUCUACGGUGCGUCUAUCAUACGUAACACCACGCUCUGCGCUGUGGGUUGGGAACGGUCGUAUCAAAACGUCUGCCAAGGAGACUCGGGAGGCCCAAUGGUAAUGCAACAGGACGAUAGUAGUUGGGUGCAGAUAGGCGUUGUAUCAUUCGUGUCCAGCCGGGGUUGUAGUACAGGCGACCCAUCCGGAUACAUUCGCAUCGUAAAUUAUCUAAGCUGGAUAGCGCAAACUACAGGCCUUCGUGGGAUUACAUCCGUCGUGAGCUAG